GCGAGCUGGGCGCGGAGGGCGCCGGGUGGAAGCCAGGACGAGGAGGAAGCGGGCUGUCCGCCGCGGGCCCCCGACGGCGCUCGUUGAACCACAUCCGCGCCUCGCCUGGAAACGCUCUCGGGCGCCUGUCACCGGUUCCCUCCAUUUUGAAAGGAAAAGAAGGCUCUCCCCGUCCCCGUCCGCCGCCCCUCCGCCACGAGCGGAGGCCGGAGGAGCCGCGCUCAUGGCGUUCAGCCCCUGGCAGAUCCUGUCCCCCGUGCAGUGGGCCAAGUGGACGUGGUCAGCCGUCCGCGGCGGGGGCGCCGGCGAGGACGAGGCCGGAGGCCCCGAGGGCGACCCCGAGGAGGAGGAGGACUCGCAAGCCGAGACCAAAUCCUUGAGUUUCAGCUCGGAUUCUGACGGUAAUUUUGAGACCCCUGAAGCCGAAACGCCCAUCAGAUCGCCCCUCAAGGAGUCCUGUGAUUCAGCUGCAGGAUUGGCAGGACCGGGGGCCAGAACCCAAGAAUCCCACGAAGCUGAAGAACAGCUGGUAGCACAAGUGGUUGGACAAUGUCCGUCUGAGACUUGUUCCGGACCCUCAGAAAAUGAGGUCCCACAACAGGCCUUUGAUUCUCACUCAGUCAAGGAUUUGAAGGAAGAACCAGGACGUGACAGUAGCAAGAUUUCAGUAGUGAGGCCGUUUUCCAUAGAAACCAAGGAGUCCACGGAUACCCCCGCAGCUCUCGGAACAAAAGUAGCUCAUGGCUGUGUAAGUAGCUCGGACAGCGUGCCAGAAGCCAUUCAGGACAAGGCAAUGACAGAAGGCACCAUGGGGGCCACACUGGAAGCUUCUACCGAUGCUGAUCUCGGGCCCGGAAGCGCCUGUGCAGAGCCGGUGCCCAGCAGAAGCAAGCUCCGGAAACCCAAACCUGUCUCUCUCAGAAAGAAAAUGAUAGGGCGAGAGUUCCCAGAAGCGGAAGCGGCUGUGGAGGGCGUGCCUGUCCCUAAGACAUCCUACCCGUGCGGUCCCGAGGAACUGGAUGAAAACCCAAACCCCUCUUUACUAGGAGGCUCCAGGAUCCCGAAGUCACUGCCCGAAGUUAAAGGAAUCUCAGGUGCUCUCGCCUGCGACACCACGGACACAGGGACUGAGCUGCCAGAGGAGGCGAGGAGCUCACCUCUGAAGCUUGAGUUUGAUUUCACGGAAGAAGUGGAAAAUUUAGAGGCCAGGAAAGCUCUUCCAAGGAAACUUGGCAGGAAACUGGGUAACAAACUGACUCCCAAGAUACCAAAAGAAGCUGUCAGGAAGCCUGUAGGUGUAGAGCAGCCUCCAGACCCGGCAGCCGGAGAUGCUGCGCUCUCCCUGGCAUCCUCCAGGCUAGACCCUGGUCAGUGGGAUAGCCCCAGCUGUAACCCCUUUGGGAGCCGCUCCAGCCUGCAGAACUCCCCACCCCUGUCCUCUAAGGGCUCCUACCACUUUGACCCAGAUAACUUUGACGAAUCUCUGGAUCCCUUUAAGCCAACUGUGACUUUACCAAGCAGUGACUUUUGCUCUACCACUGGUAAUCAUGUAAAUGAGAUCUUAGAGUCACCCAAGAAGGCCAAGUCGCGUUUAAUAACGACCACUGAGCAAGUGCGAUUUCUCUGUUUUCUGCUGAGUGGCUGUAAGGUGAAGAAAUAUGAACCCCCGUCUCUUACGUUGGAUGCCUGUUCUCAGGAUGAAGGAGCAGUAAUGCCCGAGCUCUCGGACAUCUCUAAUAGGGAUGGCCAUGCUACUGACGAGGAGAAGCUGGCGUCCACGUCCUGUGGUCCCAAGUCACCUGGGGCCGAGGCGAAAGGUGAGCCAGAGGAAGACCUGGAGUACUUUGAAUGUGCCAGUGUUCCUGUGUCUGCCAUAAGUCAUGCGUUGUCACCCUCAGAAGCAGGCCUAGAGAAGGAGGUGUGCCAGAAGAUGGAGAAAGACAGCCCUGCUGUGCCAGGACUGCUCGAGUCCUCCACGGAGAAGGCCCCUGUGUCGGUGGCCUGUGGCGGCGAGAGCCCCCUGGAUGGGAUCUGCCUCAGUGAAUCCGAUAAGACGGCCGUGCUCACCUUGAUAAGAGAAGAGAUAAUCACUAAGGAGAUUGAAGCAAAUGAAUGGAAAAAAAAAUAUGAAGAGACCCGACAAGAAGUCUUGGAGAUGAGGAAAAUUGUGGCUGAAUAUGAAAAGACCAUUGCUCAAAUGAUCGAAGACGAACAGAGGACAAGCAUGACCUCUCAGAAGAGCUUCCAGCAGCUGACCAUGGAGAAGGAGCAGGCCCUGGCCGACCUGAACUCGGUGGAAAGGUCCCUCUCUGAUCUCUUCAGGAGAUACGAGAACCUCAAGGGCGUCCUGGAGGGCUUCAAGAAGAAUGAAGAAGCCUUGAAAAAAUGUGCUCAGGAUUACCUGGCCAGAGUCAAACAGGAGGAGCAGCGCUACCAGGCCCUGAAGGUCCACGCCGAGGAGAAGAUCGACAAAGCCAACGAGGAGAUCGCUCAGGUUCGAACCAAAGCGAAGGCUGAGAGCGCAGCCCUCCACGCCGGGCUCCGGAAGGAGCAGAUGAAGGUGGAGUCCCUGGAGCGGGCCCUGCAGCAGAAGAACCAAGAAAUCGAAGAGCUGACAAAAAUCUGCGAUGAGCUGAUCGCCAAACUGGGAAAGACCGACUGAGCCCUCGUCCCGUUAGCUCAAUUCCUAGUGCGUUUGGCUGCUUCUCUUGUGACCAGUUAGACCUUGCCUUACCCAGGAGUGAUCGCCCCCUUGACUUUCACAAAGCACACGCCUCCUGCCGCCCGUCCCAUUGGCUGCCCACGCCACGGUGCUGGAGGAGAGCUCCGGCACUCUGCAGAGUUGGGGAGCACAGCCCCCUUUGCCCCCCUGCACCUGCCGUUCAGGUUGCCACACGUGGGGCUCCUGAAUCCCUACUUUUCCAUUUUUUUUUUUUUUUAAGUCUUUGCUUUUUUCCCCCAGGCGCGUGACGUUUGUGAUUUUGUGGCAACUGUUUGUGGUCACUGCCUUUCUCAAGCCACCUGAAUUUUUUGGUUUGUUUUGUGACCUGUUGCUGAACCUUUUGAUUUUCAAUGCCAGUGUUACUUAAGGAGACAUGUGACCGGUGUUACUUGCAGUUUGCAGGCGAGAAGGGGCUCUCAGUAGCUCUCCCCACCCCCAGCUUCUCUCUAUAUACAAUUACACUUGCCGCAGCUUUCCCCUGAGACACAGGCCAAUAAGAGCCUCCCUACACAAGAACACAUUUUCCAAAAACAUCAAACUCUUUUUUCAAAACAGAGACCUGACCCCGAGUGCCAGCCUGAGAGCUGGGAGGCUGGCCCCGGCCAUGCUGGGUGUGGUCCUCGGGGCUUCUCGGCUCCGCUUCCUAAGCUGGGACUUGGCAGCUCUGUCCCAGGAGUCCCCCAGAUUCCUCUGCUGUCUUUUAGAUAGACAAAGCAAAUUAGCUAUAAAACAACAUGUACAGGAUCUUAUUAAAAGGCCACAGUAGUCCCCUCACCCAAUACAAGGCAAAGAAACCAUUGUUUUUUAAAUUUAUCAAUGUGAUGCAUUGCUUUUCAGAUGUUUAAAAAAAAAAAACAGAAGCCAAAAACCCUUUCAGAUUUAAGAUAGCAUUUCUAACCUGACAGGCGGUAAGAAUCAUGUUGAGUCGCUCCAGCUCCAAAAGUUAACGCAUGGGAAAGGAGGACAGGAGGGAGCCCAGACAGUCCCCAGAGCCCCUGCUGGCUCAGGCAGAGCUGUGGCACACUGACCCCCAGAGGCAGGUUUCCUAUAAUCACGCCCUUGAGUCCCCUUCCUGUGCCCUAGGCACAGCUGAAUCCAGGCACACCCGGCUUCUUGACCCCGGGCAGUGAGGGUGAUGGGCGCCACCUGCUGGACAUGCUCAUUCCUUCAUUCUCUUCAAACUUGGCGUGAGCCAUGCCUAGCAGAGGACCUCUGUUGCUGUUAUAAAACACACAACCUUGCCCUUAGCAGAGGAUUCCUCAGUCUGAAGCCCCAGGGAAGUGGAGAACACUUGUUAAAGCCGGAGGUGCCAUCUUCCCAGUACGCAUGGGUCACCAUUGGUGCUUUGGCUGCAUUUUGAAGCCUGCCAUCUUAACAUUCUGUACCAAACAAAGAACAGACGUUGGCAUUGUGGGAGAAGUGGCUUGACAAUCACCCAGACUUAGGGAGCGGUCGCUGUGGCCUCCUGUGAGUGCCGGUGCGAGGGGCCCCCGUGACCCAGCUCCUCUCUCUGUCUCUUCUCUAGAACAACAGAAAUGAAUUUUGCAUCUGCUGAAACCUUUGCAGGCCCUUCUGCUGCCCUGCUGGGGUGACGCACCCGUGUUUAGCACACAAAAUGCCAAGCAGUGACCGUGGUCCCGUUUGUAAGCGUAUUGUCUUUCAGAGUAGUUGUAUGCUAAAAUAGAAGUGACCGCAACAAUCUUGGUCAGGAUACCAUUAGAAGAAGCAUUUAAACAAAUGACAAGGAAAAAAUCCCGCAAGAGCCCAACCUUAGCGAGGGAAGCAGCUGUGCAGGCACCCGGGCAGGACCCCGUUGCAUAAUCCUUGGCUGCGGCCUGCUCAAAGCUAUUAGAAGGCCAAGUGCACCCAUCUGAGUUCUUGCUGGCUAUUCUCCACAGAGAAUGCAAAUGUGGCUUAUCCGGCAGGCACGUCCAGCAAAAGCACUGAGCAGUAUAGAGUAUGUUUAUUUUUAUUUUUUAAGAAAACAAGCAACAUUACAAUAAUAAAAGCUUCUAGAACCUUGGAGAGUGAGCGUAGAGUCUGCAGUCUGCAGCAGCACUGUGAGGGCACUUGCUUGCUGGGCAGUGCAGGGCCAUGCCCGGCCCUGACAUGCAAGGGAGCAGGAAGGGGUGCCUGCCCACUUGUGCUUCAGGGGUAGGUGGGUAGGCGGUGGCUUCCGCUGGGACUCUGACUCCAGGGCCUUUGGUCAAGCUUUUUGGUUUUUGGUUUUUGGGUUUUUUUUUUUUUGCUUUGCCAAAGUGCGGGGUGCCCUGCCCUCUCCCCAGAUGAGCAGCCGGCUUGCAGAGGUCACUUGUAUGUGGAGAAGCCCGUGACUUACCUGAACCAUUUGUCCUGGCAACGCCAAGGAGCCCCACGUCCCUGUGUGGUUGGUUCCUGGCUUCGUCAGACUCGGGCCAAGUUAGGAAGCACCUGUGGCUGAGACGCUCGGAGGCCCGCUCACGUGGCAGUCCCCAUGCAGCCCAGCCACACCCGGGGUCCAGCUCCCGCACCUAGGGUCCUUAGGUCCUGGGUCGGAAGCAGCAGUGUAAACUCCGACAGGCAGCCAGGUUGAAGCCCUCUCUCCCCACAGACACAGAGGGCUCGGGGGUGGCUCCCAAACCCAGAGGGACUUUUCAGAGGUGGCUACAGGAGUCCUCCGGCCCUCCCCCACUCCCUUCCUCUUUGUUUUUGGUCUCUGCCCUCCCCCUACAGUUGAUGAGUGUCCCCUGAGUCCCAGGUAGGUGGCUGUCGUCGCCUUGUGGCCGUGUAACUGUGAGUCUGCCCUCUGACUUUGGGUUUCCUAGGUAACCUGUCUUUGGGAAGAGAGAAGCUGGGGUCUGAAAGAGGACAUGAUUUCAGCAAAGACUUUAAAGUACAGAUGUAUAUAUUCUGAAUGGCUUCCGAGAGAGCAGAGUCCUGUUAGCUUUAGCAGAGGACACGGUCAGGGAACCCCCAGCGUGUCCAGCCAAAGGUCUGAGAAAGUCAUCCACUGCAAAGCUUUUCACUGAAAGAGGUAUUUUGAGGCGAUUUCUAUCCACAGAGGUUUGACUGGCUCCCAGAUUCCAGUUAUAUUUAAGAAAGCAAUUUACUGCUCAGAACCUGGAGCCUCCCAAACACGAAGAGAAAGUCACCCCAGACCCUCAUCUCUGAGGGGCUCCCUCGGGCGAUCGCCUGAGUGACGGCCCACUCUGGGGACGUUCACUCCUUCUGCCAGAAACUGCGUUCUGGAGACGAAAGAUUGCACUUUCAUAGUUGUUGUUAGUUUAGUCUAAAUGCACUCCCAUUUCUGUGCCUCUCAGCAUGCAG